AUGGUCAUCAAUCUGUGUUUCCUCGCAUGGCAGUUUCUGAUUCUCAGGUCAAGGAAGCUAAACAUCAAGCAUAGGCGAGCCGAGAAAAUCAAUGACUCUAAAUAUCGCUACCAAAGUUUAUUUAAAAUUGGGUAUCGAGCAUUAUUACGAAACUACAACAAAACAUCUAAGUUUCAUCCAACCUUUCUACCUGACUCAUGCAAAGUCACACAUGUUGAUGACACUGGCUCAUUCAUCCUGCUUGAAAGACAGAAAGAUGGUAGAAUGUUCACCCGACACCCAGAUGAUAUAAAGAAAUGCGUCAUCGAUGAAGAAGUUGUUCCACAAUCACAACCACUUACAGAGCAAGAGGUUAUCAAACGUUGGCAUGAGUUAUGUGAGACUCAUGCCAACCACGGAUUGAAUGAUGACGAUUCUGGAGACCCAUUAUUGGAAUACCAACAACAAGAUGAUGGUAAUAUUGCACCACCUGAACCUCGUAACCGUAGACGAAAUUCAAGAUAUUUUAAUGAUGACUUUGUAAACUAA